AUGGUACUGAAUGGUAAACGUGUGCUCACCGUAGUAUCAGGAGCCUCACGAGGUAUCGGCAAAGAAAUUGCUGUUCAAGUGUCGAAACGGGUUGCGCCAAACUCAGUCUUUCUACUCACGGCUCGUAACGAAGCUACCUUAUUACAAAUCAAGCAGGGUAUUCUCGACAGCUCAGAAAAAGCUCAAGUAUGGAUAGUUGUCUGUGAUAUGGGAUCAUUUAACGACGAUGCGAUUAACACUUUCAAAGAGGUUCUCGAAGAGAUUAAAGAAACGGUCCAUUCGACAGCCUUAUCUUUCCACAUACUUGUGGUAGCCGUUGCAAAAGAAAGAUUCGUUGUAAAUAUCACAUCUCUGGUCGCAAUUCAAGGAUUCCCGUCGUUAACGCAGUAUUCCGUGGGAAAAGCAGCCCGUGAGGCAUUCUUCCGUGGUUUGGCAGUUGAGGAUCAGACCGUGAAAGUGUUCAACUACGCUCCAGGUCCCGUCGAUACAGCGAUGCACGACGUGGUCGCGAAACAGUCAUUCGACGAAGGAAUACGAGCUGUCUUUUCACAGAAUACCUCACUUACACAUGAUGCUCACCGUUCAUGCUUGACUCCGACGCAAACGGUCGAAAAAAUGCUCAAACACACUCGAGUGAGAACAAUUCCUCAAGUAUGUGCGCCCGAAUUGAUUAUUUUGAUGAUGAAAAGUGACAUUAAAUAUUUUAUCAUAUCUGUUUUCAAAGAAAUAAUUUUAUAG